AUGGCAGACCAACUCCUACAUGAAAAUAACUUGGAACACCUUCUAUUGUAUCAACACCAUUUGUCUCUUCAACUUCAAAGCAAUAUUGCGCGUCAAUCACUUUCUCAACAGUACUUAGAUUCCAUAUCCAUUUCUUUAGAAAACAUUGAAUCAAUAGCCGCCAAAAUAUUGUCUGACAAUCAAUCUCAUUCAAUACUUUUCAUCCCCACUUCUAGCACCCUAGAUGAUGAUUCUGACGCCCUUGAUCACUCUGACUUAUCCCUUGAAGUUCAUCCAACGAACUGCCCUCACCGGCUUCCCAAAGCAUAUCAUCUUUUAAUGCUGUUUUUCCAAACCAAAUAUAAAGCAGCAGUCCAGUGCUCUACAAUUCGCACACAUACUUCAUCCACAACCUUGAACGUCUCCCCUUUGGCCGAUGUCCGGUCAAUGAUUUUAGCAAACCAAAAUAAAAUUAUGGACUAUAUCCUACAAUCACAUU